AUGUACCUUCUCCCAUCCAGCUUUGGCAAGUUCCUUUCACGCUUCCAAGCCAACCAUACCAAGACCCAACUCCCCAUCUACACUCACAGCCAAAGCACCCUCUUCGACGACCUUCCAGAGGACGAGAAGAAGGCUGCUCUUGCCAAACUCCACGAGCUCGCCGACCGGCAACCAGGUCUGGCUAAGACCAAGACUCCUGUGCACCGUCGUCGCUACUUCGACUGGAAGAUCUUCGCCAUGACUUCUGGUAUCCUGUUACUCGUCGUCCUGGCCAUCGUUGCUCUGGUGAAGGCUGUGGACAAAGAUGUCAACCCUGAUUUGGUGGCCAAGCUCCGCAUGGCCAAUACCAACCUCGACAGGAUGGCCCUUUUGCCCAAUGACGAUGACUGGGUUUAUGACUUCACCACGUCUGACAAGUACACAUACGAGCCGGGUGGGGUGAUUAAUGCCAAUGCAGCUACAUUCCCAGCCACUGUUGGUCAAGGCAUGACGAUGGCCAUUCUUAACCUUGGGCCAUGCUCAAUGCUUCCGCCACAUCUACAUCCCCGCGCAACCAACUACGUGGUGGCCGUAUCAGGCACGACUCGCACGUUCAUGAUCAACGAGAACGGUGCCCGCACGGUAGAGACGACUCUAACGCCCGGCAAGAUGACCAUCUUCCCCACUGGUAGCGUCCAUACCAUGAUGAAUGUGGGCUGUGAGAAUGCCCAGCUGAUUUCGGCCCUCAACUCGGACGACACUGGUACCAUGAAUCUGGCUAACGCGUUCUUUUCGCUGGACGCCAACUUCACGCAGACGAUUCUGGGACCGGACAGCAAUGUCAGAGCCAUGGGCGACCACGUUCCUCCCGUCGGCACUGGUAGUGCUUAUGGGCCGGAGCAGUGUAUUGCGGCUUGCAAGGCCAAGGGCAGGAUGGUCAAGAGAGCGUUUUAA